CGGUGGGGGCCCAGCGCGCUGCAGCGGCCACUCCGCUCCCGCACGUCGUCCCCGCUGCCGCCCGCUCGCAGGUUUUAGCAGCAAAAAAUGAGUCGCGGAUAUUCAGAAAACAAUAAUUUUCCAUAUGAUAAUAAUAAAAUGGUUUUGGACAUGAUCCUCUAUUCCUUAAUUGGGGUACCUCAGCCUAUCAACUGGGACAGUGUGGCAAGGCUAGUUCCAGGAAUUACAUCCAAAGAGUGUGCAAAGAGGUUUGAUGAGCUAAAAAGCAGUGGAAGUUCACCUGUUGACAACCAGUACAUGGCUACUGCAGGGAGUCCUGUUGAAACCCUAGCUACAUACAUCAAAUCCUCACUGCUUGACCUGCAGGGAGAUUUCCAAGAGCCUCCCAUUGGGAAAAAUUCAAUUUCUAUUACUGGAAGGUCCAAUGUAGCUUCCACAAGAAACUGUUCGUCAGAAGCUGAGAGAGAUCCUGCACAUAAAGGCGGAGAAAACACUGAAGAAACUCAAGGGCCAAAUAUGGUGAUCCACGUAUGUGAUGAAGCAAAAAACCUGAAGGAAGAUUUUAUUUGUCCUCGAGACCUUUUGAUUUCGGAAAUGAAGUACUUUGCUGAAUAUCUGUCAGUGGAUGCCCAGCGCUGGGAAGAGGUGGACAUUUCAGUUCACUGUGACGUUCACAUCUUUGACUGGUUGAUAAGAUAUGUUAAAAGGAACACUAAGGAAUAUGAGGUGUAUGAAAUGCCCAUUUUAGAACCUGGGAAUGUUAUUUCAAUUCUCAUUUCUUCUGAAUUUUUGAAGAUGGAUUCAUUAGUAGAAAAAUGUAUUCUUUAUUGCCAUAAAAAUAUGAAUGCUAUUGUAGCAACUCCAUGCAACAUGAACUGUAUCAAUGCUAACCUUGUUACACGUAUUGCUGAUCUGUUUACACACAAUGAAAUAGAGGAGUUGAAGGACAAAAGAGAUAAAUUUAAAAGUAAACUUUUCUGCAAGAAGAUCGAGAGAUUGUUUGAUCCAGAGUACCAAAAUCCAGAUUCUCGGGGAAACGCAACAACACUGUAUAGGUGCUGUUUAUGUAAGAAGCUCUUAACUAAAGAAACAGAAAGAAGAAUUGCUUGUGUUCCAGGAAAAAUUAACAUAGAUCAACAUGGAAAUAUUAUCUAUGUUCAUAUAAGAGAUAAAACUUGGGAAGUCCAUGAGUACUUGGUUGGCCUUCAUGAAGAAUUAAAAUCUUGGCGGGAUGUGUAUUGGCGCCUGUGGGGGACUCUCAAUUGGCUGACCUGUUCACGGUGUAAUCAGUCUUUCCUAUGUACUGAAUUUUCACACUGCCAGUACCACUCUCAGCCUGUUCUCUAUCCUGGUGUGGCAAGUUCCCUGGGCUCUACUGGGACUGGAAUAUAUCCCUGCUGUAACCAAAAAGUUCUUCGAUUUGAUCCCACUCCACUUCCAAAGGGCUGUAAAGUGAGGGACCAUGUGGUUGGCUUACCUGCUGGAGGUGAAGGUGGGGAUGCUUUGCCAUAUCAGACUACUAAAAUAUUGAAUGAUCUGCUUCACCAUAGAGAUGUUAUUGUUGUACCUUUUACUAAAGAUCAGAAUAGUGAUUCUGGGAUUGGGCUGUGUGAUGAGAAGGGGAUUGAAUGUGAUGUGCUGUUAGAACCAAAUACACCUUGGGGCUCCAAGACAGGAGAAAUCAAUGCUUUUCUUUCCCUGAAAAACUGGACUUUACAGCUGAAACAACAGUCAUUAUUAUCAGAAGAAGAGGAAUAUACUACUGGCUCAGAGGUCACUGAGGAUGAAGUGGGGGAUGAAGAGGAAGUAUGCAGGAAACCAGCAGGGAGAAAAGAGAAGCUAAAGAAGUUUAUCAAACAUCCAAAGAAACAAGUGUCUUCACCCAGUGUCCAAAAAAGGGAGAAACCAUCUGAGAAGUCAAAUUCUCGAGAUGCAUCUCCAUUCAUUGUGAGUAUGCAGCAGAACAAGUGGGAUGCCUCCAGAUCACUGAGAUUCAACCAAGAUGCUCAGAGAGAAGAUGAUCAGCGAAGGAUGUCUGAGAUCACAGGGCAUCUAAUAAAAAUGAGAUUGGGAGACCUGGACCGGGUCAAGUCAAAGGACAGCAAAGAACACGCAGGUGGUAUUUAUUCUAGACUUGAAGCUCAGAUAAAGGCCUCGGCACAAGUCAGUGCUCGGCAAAACAACAUGGAGAAAAACACAAGGUCUAAAUCUCGGUUUGGUCAAAGCCGUCCAACCUAAGGAACCUCAUGAAGAAACCAUAGCCAGAAUGCAUUGCUGCUUCCUGGAACUGUACUGUACUCCAGACACGGGGGACUCAUUCUCUGAAAGCUUUUAAGUGACUUAUUUAUUUUUUACUGUAAGCCAUGUAAAUUAUUCUGCUAUGAUGAAUGAAUGCAAAUCCAGUAAGGUCUUGUAAUUAUUUUAAUUGUAAAUACACAGUUUCUUAGAUUUAAUCUAAUUGCUUUUUUUAGGCUAUUGCGUUAAGCUACAUAGAAAACAUUUUAUACAUCUGCAAAAUUAAAAUAUUAGAAAAUCCUUAUUUAUUUAUUGAGGGGUGGGAGUCUUUUCCCUGCUAGACAUUUAAAAACAAUACUACUGAACUGUGAGUGUGGUUAGCAGUGUUAAAAUGCAUCAUCUAGCACUUCUAAUUUUCGUUAUACAUGCUGGGCUGAUGUAACCCACUUAAGUCAAGGGAAUUUCCUGUGAGUUGCAUGAAGUGAAAUGGAAUCAGCCCUUUUCACACACAGUUCCCAUUCAUGCUAAGGUGAACAUCAAGAAGGGGCUGAAUCCCAGAGUUCCUGUUACAUUUGACUUCCUGAUGAUAUGGUAACUUUGCAUCUCAUGCAUGAGGCAUUAAUCUUUUCAGCUUUACUGCAUGGAAGACAAAAUGUUCAUCCCCAUCUCAUACCUGACUUUUCUCUUGCAUCUACUAUCUUUUGGUUCCCUUUUGCUUGGUCGCUAGAGAGAGUUGGGUAAGAAAGUUUCUUCCAUUAUUGAUACCAGUGUCAUUAUAAAUAUGUUAGCACACGUGUUGCUAGCGUUGCAUCUUUGAAAUGAAAGAAAAUCAUUUUGAGGCAUAUUGCAUAUAGACUUCUGGGCCUGGAAAUACCUUUCUAAACCUGCCAGAAUAACCCUGGUUUGCAAUAGAGUGCACUGAAAUGUUCUUGUCUGUAGCAACAGAAUCCAGGUUUGUCUUAGUGCACAGUCCAGUGUUACCAAAAUGGAACAACUUGCAUGGAACAAAAUCACUUUUAAGCAAAGGAAAUGGCAAUAAAGCUGUAUUUUGAAAACCAUAUUCUAAGUUUUCUAAGCGGGCAAAAGGAGCGCUCAGGGAAAAUGCAUUCCAGAUCAUAAUCAUCCUACAAAUUAUGGGUUUAGAAAUAAGUUGGCAAGAUCAUUGAAGAAAAAUCAAAAAGCUUCCUUUUAAAAUGCACUGUCUCAAUUUUCAGGCCUUUAUUUGCCUUGUUUCUAGAGUUUUUUCAUAUAAUUUAAAUGGGAAAGAAGGUAGAUACUUGAGAGAGCAUGGAGAGUUUCAGUAAAAAUACUAAUAUGAAGGUUAACUCUGUUGACACAUGUCCUCCGAUGUAACAUCUAAUUCAUAGCCCACUGAAGGCAAAGGAAGAUUCCCACUGACUCUCUGGUUUGUUGCUUGGGGCAGGAUAGGAAAGUUUAAUGCAAAGCUUUAUCUUCCAUUCAGACAGGAAGGUUUUAUCAAAGCCUCAGACCUGCUGAGAAAAAAUAAUGCUGUUUUGUAAUUUAAAAGUUAAGAAAAUUUGUUAAAUACUUGAAAAAUGAUCAUCAGUUUCUUAAAUUCAAAAUGUAUUAGAAACAGAGUUUGGCUUGGGUUUGAGAUUUGUUUAGUAUAGUAUGUCCAAAACUGCAUGUGUAAAUUUUGCUAAGGAAGUUGUAAAUUUUGCAGUUGUGUGAAGAUGUGUUUUAGUUUCCUUAGAACUACUGACUUUGAAAAGGGGGAAGAAACCUCUUCUCUUCAGGAAGAGGAAAGCCUAAUAAAUUUGUUUUAUGUAAAGGUGCCACUUUUACAUGCCAGUAUCCUAUAUAAUAUUCUAUUCAAAACCUACAUUUCUUUUUAUAAACACACCUGCAAUAUAUGUUGUGGAGGUGCAGUUCAUAUUUUAUUAAGUAUUAAUGCUUAUUUCCCUUGCCAGCUACCCUGAAUUUUUAUCCUGUAUUAACUUUCAAGUCAUGUUUCAGUUUAACUAAAAUAAAUGUUAGACUGAUUUAGCAAAUG